UUUUCAAACAUGUUAGACAAUUUUCAAAGAUCAGCUCAGUCUAAAUUGAGAUUUCAAGGAUGACAGUUGGUUAACAGUGUUAACAGUGAUGAAACUCUGCGAGUUGUUCUGCAUCUGCCUGCCAGUAUGUAGUAGGGCCUCUGAUGGUGACACAGUGCCAUUCAACAUCAAUGUUGAUACCACCAAGGAGGAGGAGCGUGUUGAAACAGCUCACCCAAGUGGGGAACAGCUGAGGAAAGAGGCACAAUGGCAGUCAAAAGAGAAGGCAGACAGCAGAAGGAUGGAGAUGGAGAUGGAUAUGGGCAUCUCCGAAGCACAGAAAGGACCGGAAAGUGUUCUAGCUCAAACUGAUGAGCACAAUAGAGCUGGGCAAAAAGAGGAAUGCAUUAAAAAUGGCCAUAUCAUGAUCCAUGGUCGCAUGGUCCGUAUUAGCGACGACAGUACAGAUUGCAGUGCAGCCACAGCUGCUAUCAGGAGUUUAGAUAAUUAUUACAAUGGGGCCCAGCCCGCACCCUCAAACACAAAGGUUUAUGCCAUAAAGAGGAAGGAAAAAACUGAACGAGGUAGGACCUCUGGGAAAAAGCAGAGGAAAGAGGCAAAACGCAUGAAAAAGGAGAAGGCUGACAGGAAAAGGAUGGAGUUGGAGGCGGUUGGUGCCGGACCCAGUGCACCCAUAUCUAAGGCUGAGGCUGAGGCAGCUUAUCGGGCUAUCUUAUAUUGGUGUGAGGGCCAGCGUCUGGACAAAGAAAGGGUUUGGAAGCAGAUGAAGGCCUGGUAUGAACGGAGAGGCAUUACUCCCUCAGCAGAAGUAGACAAAUAUUUCACAAUGAAAAGGCCCUCCGAGGAGGCUGUGGUCACCAAUGACCAGCCCCCUGCGAUCCAUCCAGAGGUGGACUACAGGAAUGUCACACAGGAGGAGAGGAGGGAGUUUGUAUCGACUUUGUAUAACUGCAGAGGAGGGACUUUACCGAAUGGAAUGUUGGACCGCUUCAGAGAAGCGUUGGGAAAUGUUGGACCGCUUCAGAGAAGCAUGGACUUCCAGUGACUUUAGCACUCAGACAGCAUAGAUUAAUAUUAUGUUAUACUACAUAUUAGAUAUAAUUAAUACUACACUACGUAAACAGUUGCAUUACAUCUAUAAUAUCAUCUCUAUUAUUAUAUUUUUAAUUAAA